AUGAAAAAAGAGGACAGCACAACGUCUUUCGUGUACACGCAGGGUCUGAAUCCUGUAGUUGUUCCACCCGAAUUUGAAGGAUUCUUCGGUCCGCCUCCCAACUUCAUGUUCACAGACUUUGACCCCGUCUCGACAUUUGCCUCGGUCCGAACGUUAAGUCGGGAGGAGGGCGCCGAAAAUGGAGUGAGAAAGGUAGCCUCCGCCGCUGGUCUCUGGAAGCACAAGAAGCCCUCGACCGCUCUGGCUCCUCUGCUGGAACUGAUCGACCAGGAUCCAGAGAUCGAAGGUAUUAUUGGAUUUUCAGAGGGUGCUUGCAUGUCAGCUUCUCUUAUUGUUGAGGAGAACAAGCGGUAUAAAGCCACCGGCCGAGUCCCCCGUCUCAAGUGUGCUAUCUUCAUAUCUGGAACGCCACCAGUGGAUGCGGAAACAGGGCGUUAUUUCCUCGAGGACGACGAUGGGAUACUUAUCCAUAUCCCGACCAUACAUGUUAUAGGAACCCAAGAUGCGUUGAUCAACGGUACGAUGGCGCUCUACAACCUUUGUGAUCCGGACACAGCGGACCUAUUCGACCACGGCGGGGGUCACAUCAUUCCACGCGAUGCGCAAACUGUGGCAGAGUUGGUGGAAACGAUACGUGUCAUGAUCUCAAAUCUGUGA